AUGUUUUGCCAUGCACCUUUGCCACCUCCAUCUCCUUUCCCUUUCUCUCUUCCUAACUCCGAAACAAAAAACCCGACGACAACCGACAACGAAGAAAAAAAAGACUUCCCUCGAUUCCUCAAACCGAAAGUCGGACUGCAAGAACGAAGCGAAAGAAUUCACAGCCAGCGUUAA